AUGAAGCUAUUCGUUACUUUAUUAGCUCUUACGGGAAUCGCCGCUGCUGUCGCCGACUAUACCAAAGAGCAAGAAGAAGUUUGGUUAAACUUCAAACUCGACUACGGCAAACUCUUUUUGUCGCCCGGCAAAGAAAAGCAACGCAAAGACAACUUCUUAAAGAAUUACGACGAAAUCAAAGCGCACAAUGAGGCGUACGAAAAAGGAGAAUCGCUGUACGAAAUGGAUGUCAACCAAUACACAGAUCUGUCAAAAGAGACGUUUAUGAAGCGCUUCACAGGCGUCGUUGUGCCCGAACACAACAAAGGAAAAGGCAAAGAUCGCGAACAUGAAGUGUCUUUACGUCAAACUCCGCCUCAGAAAAUGGAUUUGCGAACACAUGCCGGCGUUGGUCCCAUCAAAGAUCAAAAUCCAUGCGGUUCAUGUUGGGCAUUUUCGACUUGCGCUUCUUUAGAAUACGCUUAUUGGCGAAAGACGGGAAAAGUUGUCGACUUGUCGGAACAACAUCUCGUCGAUUGCGUGUACAAACGUGAUGGAUGUCAAGGCGGAUGGAUGGCAGAUGCGAUGAAUUUCGUUCAAACCAACUCAAUUGCGACGGAAGAUGAGUAUCCUUAUCAAAAACGUUUCGGACAAUGUAAUAGACAAUGCGCUCGUAAACGUCCCGUUGCCAUGAAAAAAGACAAAAGUAACUUUAAGAUUGCCGAUGAUGAUAUUGCGAUUAAAAAUGCUUUGAACACUUAUGGCGUUCUUGCGAUUUGCGUCGAUGCUGGAGGUUGGUCAGGUUAUAAACAGGGAAUUUACACGAUGAAUAAUUACAAUAGCGCGAAAUGCACACAUGCGGUCAACUUGGUAGGUUAUGACAUGGAAUACGAUCAAAGACAACAACGUUGGAUUCCUUAUUGGAUUGUCAGAAAUUCAUGGAAUACGUGGUUCGGCGAAAAAGGUUACAUUCGCAUGUUGAUGGAUCGUGAUCCUGUAACGAAGAAAAAUAAGGCAGGAUUCAAAACUGACUACAUUUGGGCAGCUAACAUUGAAUAA